CACCCAAAAAGAAAACCUCGUGAUGUUGGAUACAAUAAACAGAAACUAACCAGUUCACUAUUUUUUAGUCAGGUGACGAUGAUAAUCAAACCGUUGAAUUUUUUGAUAUAGAUGGUGAUGAAUAGACGAUUUUAGAAGUUGCCAUUUCACCCUUUCAUUCGAUUUAAAACAGACUGCGACGAGUGCAGGAAGAUUUUAAAGCAGAAAGGUGUGUGUGGGCGCUAAAGGAAAGACAAGAAUUUGGAAACCUGCCAGAGAAAGGAUGUGGACAAGAAGAAUCCUCUUUGGUUUGAUAGCCCUGGGUGGCUUUUAUGUGCCCUGCCUUUCCUAUGGAUGCGCUGGUUUUCUCUGCCGAAUGUUCAGAGGUAUCAAAGUUACAACACCAUCAGGGCCUGACCCAGGAAAGCCCCUGUUUCUGACUCCCUUCUUGGAAGCAGGAAAAAUUAACGAAGCCAGAGAAUUGAGUCUGGUGGGACCUCUCCCUGGAGCAAAUGUGAAGAGUUACUCUGGAUAUCUCACAGUCAAUAAGACCUACAACAGCAACCUGUUCUUUUGGUUUUUCCCUUCUCAGGUGAGACCCGAGACCGCACCAGUAUUACUGUGGCUGCAGGGCGGUCCAGGAGGGACUUCAAUGUUUGGACUGUUUGUUGAACAUGGACCUUAUGUUGUGUAUCAAAACCUUACUUUGGGUGCAAGGAAGUUUCCAUGGACCUCAAAAUAUUCAGUGCUGUACAUUGAUAAUCCAGUUGGCACUGGAUUUAGUUUCACUGAUGAUGACAAGGGAUUUGCUCGCAAUCAGGACGAUGUGGGGAGAGACUUGUACAGUGCACUUACCCAGUUCUUUCAGAUAUUCUCAGAGUACCAGAACAAUGAAUUCUAUGCUACAGGAGAGUCUUAUGCUGGGAAGUAUGUUCCUGCGAUUGGUUACUACAUCCACAAGAACAAUCCCUCUUCUAAAAUCAAGAUCAAUUUCAAAGGGGUUGCAAUUGGAGACGGCCUCUGUGAUCCUGAAGUGAUGUUGGGCGGCUACGCGGAGUUCAUGUACCAGAGUGGCAUAGUGGAUGAGAAGCAGAAACAGUUUGUUCAACAGCAAGCUGAUUUGGGAGUGAAGUACAUCCAGCAGAAGAAAUGGGUCGAAGCCUUUGAAGUUUUUGACGUCUUGCUUAAUGGAGACACAAUUCCAUACCCUUCUUUCUAUCAGAAUGUCACAGGCUGUACAAACUACUUCAAUUUUCUUCAGUGUCAGGAGCCUGUAGAUCAGUCAUACUUUGGCAAGUUUUUAUCACUGUCAGAAGUGAGGAAGUCUAUUCACGUGGGUAACCUGACUUUCCAUGACGGGUCUGAAGUGGAAAAGCACUUGCUUGAGGAUGUGAUGAAGACAAUCAAACCGUGGUUAGCAGUACUGAUGGAUAAUUACAGGGUGCUUAUUUACAGCGGACAGCUUGAUGUUAUAGUAGCCGCCCCGCUCACUGAGAGGUUUCUGCCAACAGUCCCUUGGUCCAAAGUGGAAGAAUAUAAGAAGGCUGACAGAUUCUUCUGGAAGGUCAAUCCUGAUGACUCUGAAGUUGCCGGCUAUGUUCGCCAGGUGGGCGAGUUCUAUCAGGUUAUUGUCCGAGGUGGGGGACACAUUUUGCCUUAUGAUCAGCCUGAGAGAUCCUUCGAUAUGAUCGACAGAUUUCUUUCAAAAACAGCAUGGUAAAGAUGGUACAGCCUUACGAACUGUUUCUCAGGGAAUCCAGUUGGUGGUAUUACCAGACUUCAUUGUGACACUGCAGUUUUUGAAUGUUUUCAUGAGGGGUGAUUGAUGUCUUUCCUUGCUGGUUCUUAUUUGUAACUUCAGUGUCUUCAAUGUUUUAAUAAUUAUUUUUCAAAUCAAAAUGGAUGUGUAUCAGUUAACAAAUUUAAAAUAUUGUGCUGCAUAAACUGCUUCAAAUCAAA